GCGUUGUUGAAAUGAUGUGGGUUACAAACUCGAUCAGGAAUAAGAGGGAGUAGGUACUCAGGAAAAUUAUCAGUAUGACUGCCUCUUCCUUCUUCUGUCCUCGGUGUCGUCUGAUCCUUUGGAAACUGUGUUUAACACUCAGCAGGAAGAGAAUGAUGGCAAAGAGCGAAAAGAAAGCUGUUAUGCCAAACGUGUCCUGAUCCAGCACCAUGGACCUGUCUCUCCAUAUGGUACUGCUACGAAUGGCACCCACCCAUACAAAGCCGGUCCUACCACCGACACCACC